AUGCUGCCUCUCACCAGUCACGUUAACAAACCGCUCAAUGGCUUGAACGAGGAUACUGACGCCGAGCGCCAAAAGGAAUACUCCGUUAAAAAAUGCACCCAAAAGGGUUGCACGUGCCCAUCCAAACGUCAAGUCUUUUGGUGGCGGAGUUGGAUGCUCGGAUAUCUUAGAGAGACGCAUCAGCUAUUGUGCUCUUCUGAGUAUCCAGGGAGAGGGGGAGGGCGGACUAUGACGGCAACCAAAGCAACUACAAAUCCAAUCAAGUCGCUCAGCUACAAACGAAUCAGCAACAAUCUCAGCUCAAAUGUCAAUUUGUCGUACAUAAUGGAACGCAUCCGCGAUCAGCGCAAGAGAAUGCGUAUAAAAUCCGGCUUUGCAUCAAGGUUAGAGCGGUUGGUUAUCUGGAAGCGUGGCGAAAAACACACCAAUGAGCUCCGCCACGAAGAACGAAAACGAAAUGGCUAUCGUCGCGAGUAA